GUUGACUAUGCCGCAAAUUGCCGCUCGUCUCCGGCGAAGGACCCGGCUAUCAUUAUUAACAUUUCGAAAAAGGGAAAAUAAAUUACGACACUGCUCUGCCACGGCAUAAUCGUCACCACACCGCGCUUGCAGUCCGAGCAACUCCGGUGUCGGGUCUCCAUCCAGGCAUGGCAGCUGAAGCAACGGGAACGUUUUCCCGAUCAUCCCCCACGCCGUCUGUCCACCGCGCAGCGGUACAGAUCUGUACGCUGCAGCUAAGUCAGUCGACCGGCAGGCCGCGCGUGGUGACGUAAUUUGUGGGUGCUCCCACCUCCUCCUCCAAGCCGUCUGGCCAGCAUGGAAGAGCAGGCCAAACACCCCGCUAGAGGUGCUCGCUAAAGCCGCAUUUAGCGGAAGCCCUUCCACCGGCAGUGUCGUGCGAGCAAGCGGUUGCAGAUCUUCACCUUUCAAUAUUCAAUGGGCGAAUUCGACAGCCAGUGCGGAGACACACUUACUGGGGUUCUGCACGCUUGCGUGUGCUGUCAACAUGAACGCAGUGCGCCGAGGCACGGGCUGUUAACCUCUGCCGCACGCAAGCGAGCGGUUAUAGCCGCGAUCGCUCAUCCCUGGCGGUAAUUUCCCAAUGGGAGCACAAAUGCUCAUCGGGCUCGGUGACGGAACCAUUCGCCGCACGCGGUUUAUGACUCCGAGAGCGCUCGGCAAAGAAAGAGACGAGAGAGAGCGAGAGAGCGAGCGGGCUGAGUGAGCAUUUGUCUUUUUUUAAGCAAAGCGUUUUUAUUCCACAAUUUUAUUCGCGUUGCGCUGUUGGCGUGAGACCGAAGUGUCCAUUCCGAACACGACGUGGCGCGAUAUUAGAGAACAGACCCUAGAAGGAGAUAUCGCGAAACUUCUUCGGACAUUCCUUCAAGUGGCCCUUUUAUUUUAGCCACACACGAUGUUCGGGGAGCACUAUCUCACAUGCCCUGCUGCAGAGGAAAAGUUUUGCCAAGUCGUCGUCAAAGUGAUUUUUGUUUUAAUUCUCAGAGCCGGAACUUCACCAGCUUCACUUGUGACCCUCACCGAUGCGUUUUCCAGUUGUAGCCUCCGUGGUUCGGCACGGUGUCCGACGUUUCGCUCCACGCACAGUGAGCUAAAUGGAAGAGCAGCUCACUCUGUUUGUUCAUGCAAAAAAAGAGUUGUCCGCUGCUGCUGUAGACCAGCCCAAAUAACAAUAAUUAAGUACAUUUCACGUUCCUACGAUUCUCAUAGCGCAAGACUGCCGCGACGGUGCUUUCGCCGAGGCUGACUGAGAAAUAUGUGCGGGACUGGACUACAUUAUGGAAGUGGUCGAAACUCUGGCAGGGUCUUGUCCAGCAGUGGAUUGACAAAGGAAGGCCUGUUACACUUACAUGUGGAAAACACAUUUCCAACGCAUUUGAAGGCAGAAGGGUCUGGUUCGCUGGUGGCACCUGACAAAGUAAAAGGGUAUAGUGUUCAUAUUUAGGCUGGUAAACACCAUACCCAAGCCAAAAAGCAGUUGGGGCGUUGGUGGCUCAGAAUUUAUUCAGGAGUUCUCAACAUACCUAACUUUCUGCAGCUGGCUUCGGUCGAAAUGCAGAUCGCAGGGUGAAUUGAACGCUAUUUUUUAAAAGCAAACUAGCGGCCCACCCGUCCCUUUUGACGUCACCAUUUUGUUUGACACACGGUAGAGUCCUGCCGGCAGGGGAUGGUGUUCCUCUGUGAUUUUUUUCCCAGUUAGGUCAAGUAAGGAGGGAACAUUUUCAAAUUUGGCAAAUUUGGAACGCGAUGCUGUCAUACAACCAAGUGUUGGCCCAGGGGUUUCAGAGCAUGGAGGCGAUGCCGCGGUGGUCCAGCGUUCGUUUCUUUUGAUUUCAGCAGCUUCUCAAUUGUGGCGAGUCGAUGGUCUCAGGCAAGUCACCAACGAGUGCACACAAAAAAUCGUGUUCUAUUGACCAUUUCACUUUAUUUUGGCUGUGUUUUUGUCUCUGAGAUCAGAAAAAAAAAUACCAAUUUGAAAGUGUGCGGGAACAUGCGACCCCCCACUUGGACUGAGUAAGUGAUGAAAGCAGUCCGUUUGAAGGUUUGUGCAAAAGUUCUUAGAAGCAAAAAAUAUCCGACCCACUGGGUCUGCACGGCGCUGCAAGAUUUUCGAAGGGAUUCAUCAUCUCAUGACAUGGUGCCAAUAGCGCAGUGGGCAUAACAUUUUGUUGCGUGGGGGAGGAAAAACAUAUUCCAAUAUUGAAAAUAAAGGUGAUAUCCAGCGCAAAUGCUACAUCGCGGCGGAAAAUGAGAGUGACAAUGGGCAACGGAGAGAGACGGCGUUCAGGAUUAAUUGUGACAUUGGGAUUAUGCAAAUGUGGAUCACAGAAUGGAAAGCAUAAUGCCACAUGACACACUAUUAACAUAUUAAAAGGGACGAGGCCGAUAAUUAAUAAACAAAAUUAAUUGCACGUAGUGGGAAAUUAAUUCCGUGUUAAUGAAAGAAAACCUUAUUGCGUUGUUAUGAGUUUCACGACGCACAGAAUGCUUAAAAGCCGCAGCAUUGAGCGUGGUUGCUCGUUAUUUUUUUGGAGGUAUAAAUACAUUUCCAAGUGCCAUUUAAUUCUCGUGAUGCGCGAAAUAAUUAAUGGAUUAACAUUUCACACGCGUUAAUGAAAUAAAAUAGGCUAAUUAAUGGGUGAGAAAGUGUUCACACCAUUAAAUAGACGCAUGCUUUUUUUUUUGCAAUGUUCCCUUGAAUGCACAACAAAACAGCUGUGAGCCGUGCAUCUUACGAAGCCUUCGAAGGAGUGGCCAGAGGAGAGUGUGAGAUUAAAGUCCUCACAGUCUCGGCACGAACUGGGACGCAUGCUCGUUGGAGUCAAUUCAAUUGAGGUGGCACCACGGCCAAAGCCAACUGGUGCAACCACUUCUCGCAACGUCCAAGAUCGGUUCGACACAUAUUCGACUUUCGCGACCAAUAUUAUCCAUAUCAAGGUUUUUUUUUUGGCUAGAUCGCGUCAAUAUAAACCCGUCGUUAACCCACCACCACCACCACCACCCGACACAGCCAAUUAGUAAGGUUUGUGACGUCAACAAGAUUUUGCCCGAACAGUGUCCCGCCAUCCGUUCUGAGCUCUUCCCAUCGGUUAGCCAGAUUUGUGGGGACCGCUCCAAUGACGGUGCCGGUAACCGGCCCUGCCCCCUACCUGUGGCACCGUGUGUCUCACCCAGAGCAGCCGUUCUUUCCCCGUCAAAUGCAACACUUAAUUGCAACGUUCUCUCCGGCACUUCUGCGUUGCUUCUCCUGUCUUGUCGCGGAAUUCCCAGGAUCCGCCAAUUGCAUGGGGGUGGCCUUCAUCCAGCAGUGGAUUGAUCAUGGCUAAUUGAAGAUAUCUCACACGAAGGCACCACAAUCACCGUGAUUAAAGGCCAAUUAUACGUUCGUGUCAGCAAUUGUCAUCACCGAUUCACGUCAAGUUGCUAAACUACGGUGCCAAGCAGGCAGCCGUGUGGCGUUUUAUACACACUGCUCAAAAGGCAACGCGUGAUUCAUAACAGCAAUCAAUAGACGCAAUGUAGGGAACUGCAGGAGCUGUCUAAAUAUGUAUAUUGGCCUAUUGGCGAAUACCAAUUUAUUCUAAGUUAUGAAUCUCACCACCCGCCACUACACCAAGUGCGAUGAAGAAUAUUAAUUUGACACGCGUUUUGCGAGGACGUUGGGAAGCCGCAUCGCAUUGUUCACGGAUUCUUCUUGUUCUUGCAAAAGUCGCCUUACGCUUGUGUGCAAUGUGAUAAUUGUGUUCCCCCCCCCGCCCCUCCAUGCUUUCAUCGCCUGUCUCGUUUUUCAUCAAUAGACCUUGAGCCUCAAAUAGAGGACGGCUGAUGGUCGGUGUUGGCAGCUGGGUGAUGUUGGUGGGGUUAGGGGGUUUGUCGGGCUCGCUGGGGGAUACUAAAAAUCCUGCACCAGUUUGUUUUAAACAUAAAAAACAAAGAUCAACGCAACACACACACACACACUCUCGUGUUCAAACUGGACGUGGUCUCAGCUAUGGUAUUUUUCGCGUGAGAGCAGGAAGCCAAUGUUUUAAGCUAAGAGGCUUUUAGGAGGCUUCAGAGAGAGGAAGAUGAAAAGCGAGAGAGUGAAGGACUCGCAGUGAGCCGGGAAGAUUUGAAUUCUAAGACUUCAGGGAAACCUUUCGGUGAGGGCCGUGGUGUAAUGGUGAGCACAAUGGAUUUGCAAUCCAGAAGUCAUCAGUUCGACCUGAUAUCCUGGCAUGGCAGUUGACGUAAUUUGAUGAUUGAUUAUAAUAAAUAUUUAGAUUCUGAUAUCGUUUAUCGGCUAUUUAAUAUCUUGCUCGAUGCAGUUCGGCUCGUUCUAUUCGCCUAAAUGUGACAUCAGGAUGAUACAAUUGUGUGCGUACAAAUUGUGUGUGUAACAAUUGUGUAUGUAUCAAUUGUAUGCGUACAAUAACACAAAUUUGAUGGACUGCGAUAGAUUCUUGCAAGCCCAAUUUGACGUCUGCUAGUGAAGGAGGGUGUAACUUCCCGCUUGUCUGUGGUUCUUCACUCUGAGUGUGAGCGAAUGCCAUGCAGCACACUACAAGUUGGAGAUGUAAUUAUCUCUGCCUCACCCACACAGAGAGGAGAGCCAGCGCCAGCCUGCAAUUACUGAAGUCUACCCACGUUGUUGAUUUUUGUUCCACGAGGACUCGCGGUUGAAAGUCCCGCACGCUGCUGGAGUGCGAUCGCCAAGAUGCGGUGCGCUGGGAGGGGCGGCGAGGAUUCGCCACGGCGUGAACGCCGCUGGCAGCACCGCCACCGCUGUAUCCCAUCUCUCCUACCUUUUGCGCACGUUACCAUGGUGAUAGCCUGGGCCCACUGGGCGGCCAUCUUCCUGGCACUGGUGCUGCCGGCGCCAAGGGUGCUGGGGGCCCCCUCGGCGGAGGACGGAGCUGGAGGAAGGAGUGAGGGCGCAGAGAGAAAGGGGAGCGCCGGGGUGCGGGGAGGCAAGGGCGUGCGAGGGGUUGAGGAUGCAUGUGUGAGGUGUUGCGACUCCCCGAGGUGGCCGCCUCGCCACGGUGACGGCCUCCAUCAAACCCAGACAACAGCAGCAGCAGCACCGCAGGUCGCGAUCUCCAUCCUCAAAGGCGACCGGGGCUCCCGCGGGGACCACGGCCCGCCGGGAUACCUGGGCAAGGAUGGCGCGAUGGGCAUGCGCGGGCCCUCGGGCCCCAGAGGCCCGCACGGUUCACCCGGCUCGCCCGGCGCCGACUGCAAGGUCUUCACGUCGGCCUUCUCGGUGGCCCGGCGCACGGCCCUGCACUCGGGCGACUAUUUCUCGGUGCUGUCCUUCGACAUGGAGUUCGCCAACCCGGACGGCCACUUCAACAUGUUCACCAGCAAGUUCUUCUGCGUCGUGCCGGGCCUCUACUUCGUGAGCUUCAACGUGCACACGUGGAACUCGAAGGAGACCUACGUGCACCUGAUGCUCAACGAGCGGCCGCAGGUGGUGCUCUACGCGCAGCAGAGCGACCGCAGCAUCAUGCAGAGCCAGAGCAUCACGCUGGAGCUCGCCGAGGGCGACGAGCUCUGGCUGCGACUCUUCAAGCGCGAGCGUGAAAACGCCGUCUACAGCGACAGCACAGACACCUACGUCACCUUCAACGGAUACCUGGUGCACCCCAUAGUGGAGUGAGCUGGCUGGAGGGCGCGCGAGCGGGCGGACGAGCGAGCGAGUGAGGGAGGCAGGGAGUUGUGUGAGUUCGGUGAGAUGAGGUGUUUGGGUGAGCAAGCGGGCAAGUUUAAGGGAGCAAGUGAGAGAGGAUCGGGUGAGGGAAGCGAAUGUGAGCAAGCGAGCGAGUGCGAUGGUUGAGAUGUUUGAGAGAAUGAGUGAGGGGGUCGAGGGAGGGAGCGAGUGACAGUGCCGGACACUUUCGUCACCAUCAACGGACACCUGGGUUGCACACGGACGGAGUGAGGGAGUGAGCGAGUGAGUCGGUGAGUGAGAGGAGCGAGAUGAUUGGGCGAGCCACGCCAGUGAGGAGGGAGUGCUCGGCCCAGCUGCACUGAUGAGCCAGGUCGUGCAGAAAUUCGUGGAAUUCCCGAAACUGUUGGGAUGCGAGGUUGGCCGGGAGCAGAUGGCACAUCACCUAUGCUGCCAUCUCACUCGCGGCUCAAGCGGGAAGAUGCAACUCGGAUUACGAGUGACUGUGCGAUCGUCAAUGCUAAACAUAUGGCGUGUUUGUGAAGCCAUCUGUGCAAACCCUGAUGUGUCGUCCUCUCGUGCGCGCGUGUGUGUGUGUGUGGCGUUUCGCCGGUUACUCUGGUAUACCAGCACAGCGUAGCAAACCACUCAAUUCAGUUCCUGAAGAAGCUCGCAGCAUGUGGAUGCGGAACGUUGGACACCCGCUGACCAACACGCGGUGCAACUCGAAAUCACAUCGGAGAGCUGUAUGUUACAACCACGAACACCCACGCAUCCUAGUCACCCAGGGAUGUCGGAAUUGUCACUCACAGAGGUGGGCCAUGAACGGGCGUGUAACAUUUCCUUUUGGGCAAAGCCAUAGGCCAACGGCGGCAUAAUUCUUGCAUAUGAUGUCAGAGGGUCUUUAAAGUGCAGUUCGCAACAGGCAGCAGACAUGUCAACUCCUUGAAUCAAUUACCCGAUGGCAGAGGAAACUGAACCGCUCACUCACUCCGAGUGGUGUGCAUAGCGAUCUAUAAGCUAUCCUGCGAAGAUUUACGAAAACCCCAUCCUGUGCUGUGCUUUUCUUUCACGUGGCAUUAUCGUGUUAUAUUAACUGUCCUUCAUAUUGAAAAAAACGCGUGCGAUUGGGCGCGCGUGAGGACGGGGAGCAGCAGCGUGGUGGAGUCGCACGCUGCGCUCUGAACCCAGCGACCCGACGUUGAUUCCCGGCCACGGUAAACACCGGAGUGGCAGGUGAAAUCUGACCCCGGUGUACCUGGGGUGUGGUGUCAAAACAUCAGCACUGGAGAAAUAAAUGCGUUCGGGCGUGGUGCUGGACACAUCGCCCUGACAUGCGCUUUGCCUGCGGCCUUAAUAGGUGCUCACUUACAGCACUUGCCCCAACAAGCUAUAUUAAAGGUUAUCUGGGAAAUAUUUGUCUUUGGUGUUUUUGCUAUGGCGUGUGCAUCCCAAUGACUGCCCCCCCACUGGACAUCUGUAAAAAAGAGCUUCAUAGCUCGUCAUAUUUCUCCAGGAUAAAUAAAGAUUCUGAUUCUGCAUCCCAGAGAGCAUGUCACAUUACGAAUACGAUUUCAGUGUCGGCGUGCCCAACGAAUUAUUUCCUCCUCGUCAUCUGACAAUUUGUUUUAUGAAUUCCACAAUUGAUGAAUUUUGUCAAAAUGACGGGGAGGUGCAGUGGUGCAGCGAUGUUUAAUAAAGACACUCAGCGCAAAAUGCCACUGAAACUGGGUGGUCCUGUCGACGUUUGUAAGAGAAGCGUGUCGGCAGAAUGUCAAUGGCACACGGAGAAAGCGUGAGUCACAGCAUCCAGCAAAUAUCACCGCGGUGUUCAUUUGUUUCGUCUUGAGACUCGACACGCGAGCGCGGUAUAUGAGGACAUUAGUCAGUUGAUGCAUAUAUCCAGAAUAUGUGGCGUACACACCCAGCGAUUGAUGCAGCAACACCCACAGAGCCAGCCUAAGGUACCUUUUAUGAUUUUUCUGCGCCAAUUUAGCAAUUAUAUUUCUAAAAACGAAUUACUACCCAGAAACACCUCACUGAGUCUAAAGACUCUUUGCCAGUGGGAGGCGAUGUUUCUGCUGACCCAAUUGAGCCAUUUGCAGGUAACCUAUAAGCAUUGGGAUGUUGGCAGUCACCAGGUAAGCUGUAGGAAGAAACUCAAGCCAAAUAGGGAUAGAACGAACAAACGCCACACAUAAAGGCACCCGAGUCGGGAAUCGAACCCAGGUUCUUCUUGCUGCGAGGCACGAGUGUUACCACUGCACUGGCCCUGCCACCAAAUUGCCCGAGGCUCACUCAGCGUUAGAAUUCUGAGGGUUCAAUAUUAAUGUGAAACAAUCGGCCAGCUUCGUGCGUGGGUAACCAGCUUAGCAAGACUAUUGGAUUCAGACCAGGAAAGAGGGUUUCUUCAAUCUCCAUAUGAAAUUAAUAUUAAACUCGCCAGCUAUGUAAGCCUCGAUUUACCGUCUUAAUAUGUUCCAGUCGCAUUGAUUAAAGCAACAACAACCUCGGACUGGGCUUUUUUUCAGUCAAUCCUCAUCAGCACGGUGUGCGGCCUUCUUGUGGAUGAACAGGUUCUAUCGAGUAUGUAACUAAUAAAAUCGUUGCUGGAAUUUGGUAACAACUGAAGCAUU